AUGGCAGAAAAAGCAGUUUGGGAAGUCAUCGGUGGCAAAGACAAGGGCGGUCUAGUGGUACGUGAGGAUCAGAGCCUGAAGAGCAAGGAGCUACCAGAGCGUUUGUCUUUUGCUUCUCUCGUGGAACAGGUUGAACUGGUGGGAAAGCGCUUGCACUACAAGCUCUUGACGGGAUCCGGCCCCGACACCGGCUGGGUCAGCAUCAACCUUGCAGACAAGGACUUGCUGAGCUGUAUCCUCAAACCACCUCCCAGGCCUCCACUAUUUUGUGCCUGGUACUCGGGAGGCUUUUCCGUCAAGGACGGGGAGAAGCAGUUGGAAAAGCUAAUGGAGGCAGUGCGUGCCUCUGGAGUGGCAGACGCCGCCGUCUUCCACUUUCCAGAUGGAUAUGGCCUGGAAGGUGAAGGACGAAAGCCUUGGGCGAAGUACAUUGAUCGGGUGAUUGACGAGAUCAAUGAACUUGCACAAGAUGAGGAGCAGCCUCUGAUACUGUUCGGGCAUAGCAGGGGGGCUUCUCCAGCUGCAUGCGUCGCAACCCGCUUGGGCUCUAGAGUCAAGCACGUUUACAUCGCAGCAUGUGGUGCUAUGCGGGAGGGGCAGCCCACAGCCUGGGAGAAUCUCAGCCUCUCCUUCAAAGGCGCUGGAGAUCGGGAGCUGUUGACUUGGUUCAGCAGCCUUCAGCCGGAGAAUGUUGUUCUCAGGAGAGUAGCAGUAGAAACCAGCGACGAGGAGUUUGUCGAGCAGGUGAAGGGUAGCAAGUUCUUAUCUCAGAUGCUCUCCCUGAUGCGGCACCAGUAUCGUGAUGCCAUGUACCCAGAUCCAGAAAAGGAUUUCAAAGCAUUUCCUGCAAACAUCACAGCAUUUGCCCCGCUCUUGGAUGAGGGCAGCCAGCCAGAGCAUAUGCAGGACUGGAGUGCGCUGACUUUGGGCAAGUUUCAGAAUGUCAGCCUCAAUGCCGGUCACAUGGAUUGCAUAGCGCCAGAUGCUAAAGGCAAGUGUGAGCUGUUUGAUUUCUUACGCAAGGAUCUGAAGCAGUACAUCAAGUAG